AUGCAAGAAGCAUAAAAUACAUCUUAAGAUUAUAUCUAUGAAGGAUAGUAAAAGAUUAUUAUGGAGAAGGAUUCAACUGAAUCAGGUUCAGAAGUUGUUGAUACAUAAGGAGAAUAGAGCAGGCAUAAUGAUUCAAGAGAAUUGUAAGAUGAUGAGUCUGAUUCUUAACAUUAAACUUAGACGAUAAUGAGUGAUUUAUCAUAAAAUUUAAAAAUUGAUGAAUUUGAUCGCGAUUGUCAUAAGUAGAUGUAGGUGGAUAUAGAAAGUUAUUAAGAAAUGAAUCUUUCAGAUAGAAAGAGUAAUGAAGUGAUUAAGAAUGAAUUAUCAUAUAUUAAUAAUAAUUCUAUUAGGUAAUAAAAUUAUAAGACUGAAAGAGAAAAUUUACAAAUAGAAAAAGAAGUUUCUAUAGAAAAGGAUUGUUAAAUAAGUGAAUUUAUUGAUAAUGGGAUGGAAGAAUAAUUGAUAAAGAAUAAUGAUAUAAAAAUAGAGGAAGAAAGUAACGAUAAUAGCAAUUAGAUUAUUUAAAAGGAAGUGAAAAAUAAAGAACUGUCUGAAGAGAAUCAUGCACAAAAUGGUGAAGAAUAAUUGUAGGAUGAUUAAUAAAAUGAAAUUGAUUUAGAAGAAAAAUUAUUAGAGAUCAAAUAAGUAGUUAUUUAAUCAAAAUUAUAGAUUGAAUAAAAAUAAGAUUCCGAUUAAUCAGAACAAUAAGUUGAAUAGAAAUAAGAAAGCCAUCAUUCAGAAUAAUAGUUUGAAUAGAAAUAUGAAGUAGAUCAUUCAGAGCAAUAGGUUGAAUAGAUAUAAGAUGCUGAUGAUUCAGAAUAAUAGGUUGAGUAGAAAUAAGAAGUUGAUAAUUCAGAAUUAUAAGUUGAAUAGAUAUAAGAAGCUGAUAAUUCAGAAUAAUAAGUUGAAUAGAUAUAAGAAGUUGAUAAUUCAGAAUUAUAAGUUGAAUAGAUAUAAGAUGCUGAUGAUUCAGAAUAAUAGGUUGAGUAUAAAUAAGAAGCUGAUAAUUCAGAAUAAUAAGUUGAAUAGAUAUAAGAAGCUGAUAAUUCAGAAUUAUAAGUUGAAUAGAUAUAAGAAGUUGAUAAUUCAGAAUUAUAAGUUGAGUAGAAAUAAGAAGCUGAUAAUUCAGAAUAAUAAGUUGAAUAGAUAUAAGAAGUUGAUAAUUCAGAAUAAUAGGUUGAGUAUAAAUAAGAAGCUGAUAAUUCAGAAUAAUAAGUUGAAUAGAUAUAAGAAGCUGAUAAUUCAGAAUUAUAAGUUGAAUAGAUAUAAGAAGUUGAUAAUUCAGAAUUAUAAGUUGAGUAGAAAUAAGAAGCUGAUAAUUCAGAAUAAUAAGUUGAAUAGAUAUAAGAAGUUGAUAAUUCAGAAUAAUAGGUUGAGUAUAAAUAAGAAGCUGAUAAUUCAGAAUAAUAAGUUGAAUAGAUAUAAGAAGCUGAUAAUUCAGAAUUAUAAGUUGAAUAGAUAUAAGAAGUUGAUAAUUCAGAAUUAUAAGUUGAGUAGAAAUAAGAAGCUGAUAAUUCAGAAUAAUAAGUUGAAUAGAUAUAAGAAGUUGAUAAUUCAGAAUAAUAGGUUGAGUAUAAAUAAGAAGCUGAUAAUUCAGAAUAAUAAGUUGAAUAGAUAUAAGAAGCUGAUAAUUCAGAAUUAUAAGUUGAAUAGAUAUAAGAAGUUGAUAAUUCAGAAUUAUAAGUUGAGUAGAAAUAAGAAGCUGAUAAUUCAGAAUAAUAAGUUGAAUAGAUAUAAGAAGCUGAUAAUUCAGAAUUAUAAGUUGAAUAGAUAUAAGAAGUUGAUAAUUCAGAAUUAUAAGUUGAGUAGAAAUAAGAAGCUGAUAAUUCAGAAUAAUAAGUUGAAUAGAUAUAAGAAGCUGAUAAUUCAGAAUUAUAAGUUGAAUAGAUAUAAGAAGUUGAUAAUUCAGAAUUAUAAGUUGAGUAGAAAUAAGAAGCUGAUAAUUCAGAAUAAUAAGUUGAAUAGAUAUAAGAAGCUGAUAAUUCAGAAUUAUAAGUUGAAUAGAUAUAAGAAGUUGAUAAUUCAGAAUUAUAAGCUGAAUAGAAAUAAGAAGCUGAUAAUUCAGAAUAAUAAGUUGAAUAGAUAUAAGAAGCUGAUAAUUCAGAAUUAUAAGUUGAAUAGAUAUAAGAAGUUGAUAAUUCAGAAUUAUAAGCUGAAUAGACAUAAGAAGUUGAUAAUUCAGAAUAAUAAGUUGAAUAGAUAUAAGAAGUUGAUAAUUCAGAAUAAUAAGUUGAAUAGAUAUAAGAUGCUGAUGAUUCAGAAUUAUAGGUUUAGUAGAAAUAAGAUGCUGAUAAUUCAGAAUUAUAGGUUGAAUAGAAAUAUGAAGUUGAUAAUUCAGAAUUAUAGGUUCAGUAGAUAAAAGAUGCUGAUUUUUCAGAAUUAUAGGUUGAAUAGGCAUUGUCUAAUUAAUAAAAACUAAUUGUUUAAUAGAAAUAUGAAAAUACAUCAUCUGAAAAUUAGGUUGAAUAAAAAACAGAAGAAAAAUAUUUGGAAGCAUAGGAUUAAACAAAUAAUAUAAAUUCUUAAUCCAUCUCUUUAACCUAAUUGAACGAUUCAUAAAAUAUCAUAAUAGCUUAAGUUCCUUAAUUGAUUGAAUCCAAUCCCAAGUAAAGCAAUUUAUGCCAUUACAAAAAUAUUUUCAAAGGUAAAUGUCUAUCAGCCAAAACAAAAUUUUCUCAUAAUUUAGAUAGCAUUAUUUAUUUAGUUUUAUCCUUUUUUUAUUCUCUAAAAUCAAUUUUGAUAAUAUACCUUAAAACUAAAGCAGUAUCCUCGUAUUAUUACAUGAAGAACAUUUUUACGCUUAUGUUUUAAAAAGUUUUUGAAAAUACUCUUUUAGCUUUGAAUUCAAUUUGUACCUGCAUCAGAGAGGAGUUUUAAAAGAAUAAUCAAUACACAGAACCAUAUUUUGCUUAAUUAUCUUAACACUAUAGUCAAUUAAAAUGUGUGCUUCAGUAUGGUGCUACUUUAUUUAUGAAAUACAUGGCUCCUUUUAAAAAGGCAUUUUUAAUUACUGUUAAUUUUUUAUACAAUAAAGUUUUCAUCCUAUUCCUAUUUUGGAACUUUCUCGCAAUAUCUUUGAUAAGGUGCUUUCUAUUAAUUUAGCUAAUCAUUAGAUUUAUGAAAUUCAUUAUGCAUCUACUAAGUACUUUGAAAUACAUUGUUUUUCCUUAACGGGUACCUUAGCUAGAUCAAAAUCUUAUAGAACCCAACCUUGAAGAACCUGAAAAUCCUUCAGAGCCACCACAGCCUGCUUAAACUAAAGAAUACCCUGUUGCAUUAUUAAUUGGAGAAGCUGGUGUUGGUAAAACAUAAUUGUAUAAUAAAAUGAAUGAUAUGGAAGCCUUGUAAUAUGAAAUUGUAGAUACAAGCUAUUUUGAUUUCAAAAAUGAUAUUGAACACAGGGAGUAGCAAAUAAAAGAAUUUUAAAGUAUAUUUGAUAGCAAGCCAAAUAAAGUGGCUACAUUAUUCUUGGUUGUAAAAUUCGAAAGAACCGACUUGAUGAAAAGGUCUAUAAUGAAUAUUUAUCCCUAUUUUAAGAAGUUUUAGAGUUAAAUUAGCCUUGUGGUUACUCAUUUUGAUUUAAGUGAUGACGAAGAGUAAGACAAAAUCGAUUUAUAAAGAGGUUUGAAACUUUUUAAAGCAAAGUCAAUUUUAUUUGUUGGUCAAGAAACAACUAAAGAAGAAUUAUUGGAUUAAAUAAGAACUUCAGAUUGUUUAAUUCCGAUUGAGGAAGGAUAUUAAUUUGAUUUAACUGAUACAAUAUUUGAAAGACAGAAUGAAGAAGAAGGAAAGGAAAUAUUUAAUGCUUUACAACAACAGUUGGCUGUAAGAUCGUGA